AUGGGCAGUUUCUUGGGGAGGAAAGCGGCGUUGAAGAUUGUUGGCUCAGUCUCUUUCGAUCUCCAUAGAAGCGUUGUUUUUGUUGCUGCUACGUUGGGGUUUGGAGGUGAAAAGGAAGAGGAAGAUGAAGAGUUUUUAUACUUAUGGCGUGCUUCAGAGAGGAAAGCAAAUUUACCAAGCCGAAGCUCCUCCGACGGGCCUUCAAAUUCUCAGAUUGUAGACGUGGGCCUUGGGGAAACACAGGUUGCACAGGAUGAUGACAUUGUUGUUGCUGUUUAG